CCUAUGAUGAAGAAAUUCAAAACUAAUUGACAUGAUGUUUCAUUUUCCAUUCUGCAUUCAAACGGGAAGCACCUAAUCAUCUACGAUAUUUUUAUGGCCGAAGAUGCCGUUUCGCGAGAAACGAAAACCUUAUCGGCCUCCGACGCGGAGCGCCUCGAGCGACAAAACGCCCGGAAAGUGAGCGACUACCAGGCCGCGAUGCUCGAGCGCAACGCCAAAAAGCAUUGGGACUUGUUCUACAAACGCAACGAGACCAGAUUCUUCAAAGACCGCCAUUGGACCACCCGCGAGUUCGAAGACUUGUUGGAUUCGAAUUCGAACAACACGGAGAGGAUCCUGUUCGAAAUCGGCUGCGGCGUGGGCAAUUUCAUCUACCCUUUAUCGGAGGAGAAUCCGAAUUUUAAGAUUCUCGCCUGCGAUUUGUCCUCCACCGCGGUGGAAAUCGCCAAAAGCAAUCCGAAAUACAACCCGGGGCGUAUGCACGUGUUCCAAUGCGACAUAACCUCGAAAGAAGUGUUCGCAAUUUUGAAGGAAAAUAGCGUGGAUGUAUCCACUCUAAUUUUCGUGCUCUCCGCUAUCCAUCCGGAGAGAUUCGCGCAAACGCUCCGGAACGUUUUCGAGUUGCUCAAACCCGGCGGGGUGCUCUUGUUUAGAGACUACGGGUUGUACGAUAUGGCUCAAUUGAGAUUCAAAGCGGGGCAUAAGAUAUCGGAGAAUUUCUAUAUGAGACAGGACGGAACGAGGGCUUAUUAUUUUUCAACGGAGUAUUUGGGAUCUCUGCUGGAACAAUCCGGUUUUCGAGUGGUCUCUAAUACCUAUGUUCACAGAAGGACUAUCAAUAAGAAGGAGAAUGUCGAUGUUCCUAGGAUUUUUGUACAAUGUAAAGCUUCGAAGCCGAUAUGAGUGCCAUUUGCUUGUGUGUAUUCUCUCUAUGGACUGUUGGAAAUAAUUCUACAAGUUGAAGAAGGGCGAUAGCUUGAAAAAAGAUUAUAAGAUAAAGCUGUUAAAGAUGAGCCUACCUGGUCUAAAUCUUCCAGUUAUGCAGACACUUGAUGUUCUAAGAUAAAAUGAGGUAAAGCUGUUGGAGAAGAGCCUUCCUCACUAAAUGAUGUA